GCGCAAAUAGUAUACAUAAGUAGAAAAUUGCUGUCGAUUACUGUUUACUAGCACGUCCGUUACUAUCGACUGAAUAGAGCGAGCGAUAUGAUAAAGGUCAUGAUAAAGGUGAUAAAUGAAAGCGUGUAAUGCGCACAAACAAUUCGGUCGUUCUUGCUAAGUUUUGUACGCGCGUAUCGCGAGCACGGAAAAAAUUUAUAUUGCUUUAAAUAAUUGAACCGGACAGAGGGUUAAGAGAGAGCCAAAGGAUAAACUGCUCCCUGUGUGAUUGCGCACAAUACGAUAUUUCAUGAGUAGCGCGCUUUAAAAUGAUGAAUAUUGUUUGUAAGAUAAAAGUAGACAAUGUACAGCGGACAAUGGAUCGCCCUUCUCUUAUUUAUUUUUACGCAAGCAGAUGGAUCUGCCUUGGAUGAAAAAUCGUGCAUUUAUAAGUUUGAACAAAAAUGUGGAGAUGUAAAUAGUUAUAGUGUAAUUCAAAACGAUCACGAACCAUCAGUUUUUAAUUAUUGUACCGCUGAAGAUAUUCCUGACAAUAUUCACUUUGGUGUAAGGAGUAGCGGAAUUGAUGGGACCUUAACUGAUUCUGUUAAAAUUCAGUUUGCACAUCCCAAAAGAAAAUGUGUAUCAGAAAUAGCCUUAUUAGUUAAUCCUUCAAUUAAGAAUGAAAGAGAGUGUGAAGAGUAUAACUUCGGAGUGGGUGACACUGCAAAUGUACAUAGUAAAGCGAUAGCCGUAUGUUUUCUUAGGAAUACUAAUCUUGUACAAUAUAAUGAUAAUUCAACAUCCUUAUGUGAGAAUAAUAUUAGCGGGUUGUGGUUUCAACAUAUUUUUGCAGGAUGUUAUGCACUUCAAUUUCACAUAGGUGGUAAAAAAUAUGUAAUAAGGGGCCACAAAUUCUUAAACACUACUUAUCAACGUACAGAAGUAAUGGAACCACAGUUUAUUUGUAAAUAUGAGACGUAUUAUAAUCCUAAUGAAAGACAUGAAUUAACAAAGUUUACAUUAGAUACUUCACUACCAGUACAUACAGGGAAUUUUCUUGAAGUAGUAUUGAUAUCACCAGGGAAUAAAAAUUCAGGGAAAGGAUGUGUCUGGCAGAAGGAACCACUAUUAUUUUCGCGGAUAAUUGAGCUUGAUCAUAAUGUUAAGACAAACAAUUGCAGUAUACAAUUGACGCAAACAGUGAAUGGAGAACAUAUAAAGACUAUACAAUGCAAUUUUCGAAUACAAACUACAAAAACUGCAGAUUACUGUUUUGUAUUUUAUAUAAUAGAUGAUCGAUGCCAUAAAGAUACUAUUUGGAAGCCACAGAAUGUAAAUGCAGAUAUGCCUUGUACAUGGAUAAAACGUUGCGCGAAUGUUUCACUAUAUAACAAGAAUAAUAGUGAGAUAAUAAUAUCGGAUAAAUCGCAAGGCGCAAACUUGUAUCUACUGUUGCCGAUUAUCGCCAUUGUAUUGAUCAUAUCGACAAUAAUUGGAAUAUUAUGUUUCUGGCACCUUUGUAUUCGAAAGAAAGAGAUCACUUUAUAUGUUAAUCCACAGCACGAUGAUUUUCUGAACUCUGCUUGUUUCGAAUCCACCGAUCUCAAUAUCAUUGACAACAACGAAAAGGAAAUCGAUCACGAUAAUCUUUCCUGCGAUGAUAUUGUUCUUGUUUAUACUAAAAAUUCUAUAUCUUUUAUGGCAUUGAUGAAAGAUUUUCGCGAAACUCUUGCCAAAAUAUGCUCCUGUUCUGUAUAUGACUGGUAUGAUGAAGCUGAAUGGAACAACGUAGCUAAAAUUGGUCCAGUUGCAUGGUUUACCCAAUUAUUUAAUGGUAAAUGUCGUGUUGUUUGGAUAGAUACACCGACAACAAGAUCCAUCGUUAUAUCAAGGGAAAGCGAUUCAGGUCUGAAUAAACUCUGUAAAUAUCAUGAAAUAGGUGAUUUUCGCGAUGUGGCAUUUCCUGUUGUGCUUGAAUUAGCAAAACGAAAUACAAAUGAUGUGCAUCAAUAUCGCAGGCAUUUCGUCGUGAGAUUUGAAGGGUUGGAAAGCACGGCAAAUGUGAACGAUCCGUUUCUGGAUCUCUCUCCUCACGCGCGAUAUUGUAUGCCACAGCAUCUUACGCAAUUGUGUUUAGACCUGUCGACGGUAAAAUCACUUAUUUCCAAAUAUCAAUUGAAAGCAGAAGAGAAUCUUUUACAGCAGCGCUUGAGACUAGUGAAGAUAGAAUCAAUAAUGUGAAAAAUGUUCAUCAAUACCAUAAGUUGUUACAGGAUCUCAGCAUUAUUAUACUUUACGAUUGUCCAACUUAAUAAUACUUUAUUCAUAUUCUUUCCAUUAUUUCCAAUGCGAAGUGAUUGUAUUAGCAUAUAUAAAUUUAUUGUUAAUCAAAGAUCCUCAGUUACCUCAGAUUACCUCAGUUGAAAAUAAGGCAAUAUCUAUAUCACACUCUUUGUGUUAAUAAGAUUACCGAUUUACGUGCAAAAGUUAUUUGAUAUUUCUUUUCGAUAAUAUUGAAAUUAAGACAAUCUGUAUUUUCAGAAUUUGUUAAUUAUAUAUUGCUUGUUGAACUCGAUUUCGCAUAAUAUUAAAAAGUACACUGCAAUUUAAGUUUUAACUUUAUACAUUUGUCAUGUUGA